CCACUAGCCACACCUCCUUGGAAAACAUCGUACGAGAGGGUACCAUUGCAAUGUCGCUGGCUUCAUGAUCCCGUUUCCUCGCGUCCUGGACCAAUCCCCAAGACUGCGAAUCAGCAAAGCAACAUCAUGACAUUUCGCAAUCGCUCUGCGAAGGAGCAGCCGAAAGCGAAUGGCCAGGCGAAGGCCAAUGCCAAGUCACCCGACAGCCGUACAGAUUAUUCUCGAUGGCGACUGAAAGACGACCGAGGACGGCAGACAUGGCAUUACCUACAAUCAGAUGAAGAAAUCAAGCAAUGGCCGCAGACGAUUGCGGAUAAAUGGCAUUUGGGCCUUGACACUGGGUUGCCGGAUCUCCCAAAGGCGAAAACACCUCUCCAAGCUGCGGAAAAUGGACUGCGAUUCUUCUCGAAACUACAACUAGAGCCAGGAAACUGGGCUUGUGAAUAUGGAGGACCGAUGUUCUUGCUUCCUGGAAUUAUCAUCACCCUCUAUGUUACUGAUAUGCCAUUGACACAACCGGAGCAAAUUGAAGUCGUGCGCUAUCUGUUCAACAUGCAGAAUGUUGGAUCAAAGAAUGGUGGCGACGGUGGCUGGGGAUUGCACAUUGAAGGCGACUCCUCGGUCUUUGGAACGGCGAUGAACUAUACCUGUUUGCGAAUACUCGGUGUUCCGGCCAAUGAACCACGUAUGGUGAAGGCUCGACGAUGCCUUCAUGAUAUGGGCGGCGCAGUAUACGGACCCCACUGGAGUAAGUUCUGGUUCUCGGUCCUCGGUGUCAUGAAAUGGGACAUUGUCAAUCCUGUGCCUCCAGAGCUCUGGCUCCUGCCAGACUGGGUGCCAAUCGCCCCUUGGCGCUGGUGGAUCCACAUGCGCAUGGUCUUCCUACCAAUGGGCUAUCUGUGGUCUAAGAAAUGGACAUAUCCCAGAGCAGACUCAGAUCCAUUGAUCAAGGAAUUACGGGAAGAGCUAUUCACGACGCCUUACCACGAGAUAGACUUCGCUAGUCAUCGAAACUCCAUCAGCGUCAAAGAUAACUACCAUCCCAAGACAUGGGUCUUGAAUCUCAUCAAUUGGCUCCUUGUCUGGAUAUGGAUUCCUUUCCUGCGGACCGACGCUCUGAUCAAGAAGGCUGAAGAUUGGGUCUGGCAUCUUAUCCAGAUUGAAGGUGCAAACACUGAUCAGGGCGACCUGGCACCUGUUAGCGCUCCGAUGGACACAUUGUGCUGCUACGUUGCAGAGGGUCCGGACGCGGAGUCCGUCCUGAGGCAUCGUGAUCGACUGCAGGACUACUUUUUCAUCAGUAAAGACGGCAUGAUGGCAGACGGCACCAACGGCGUACAGGUGUGGGAUACAGCAUUCGCGAUACAAGCGGUGGUUGAUGCUGGUCUGGAGCAGAAGCCGGAGUACCACAACCUCCUACUCAAAGGUCUAGAGUUCCUGGAAGACCACCAGUUUCUUGAACACGUUGUUGGCUACGAGGACUCAUCUGUUUACUCGGAUCCUCCCACCCAAGCAACAUCAGCCGAAGUUGGCUGGCGGCAUCCUCGUCGUGGCGCGUGGGGUUUCAGCACCCGCUCGCAGGGCUACGUUGUUUCUGACUGCACAGCGGAAGCUGUCAAGGCGACCAUGGCGUUGCAGUCCACGGUGGACCCGAAGGAUGGUCGCACUAGUUUGUUCCCGACUCUCCUGAGCGAGAAGCGUCUCAAGUGGGCUGUUGACAUCCUUCUCACCAUGCAGAACAGCGAUGGUUCCUGCAGCUCGUACGAACCCACGCGAGGCAGCACAAAGAUGGAGUACCUCAAUGCAGCUGAGGUCUUCGGGCGCAUCAUGGUCGAAUACCCAUACCCGGAAUGCACAACUGCAUGUGUCACGGCGCUCGAGCGCUUCCGAAAGGACUACCCAGAUUAUCGUGCUGCGGAGAUUAAGAAAUUCGUGUCUCGUGCUGUCGAUUGGAUCCGACGCGACCAAGCUCCGGAUGGAUCUUGGUACGGCAGCUGGGGAAUCUGCUUUUCGUAUGCUGGAUGGUUUGCGCUGGAGAGUCUGAAGACUCAAGGUGAGACAUACGAAAACAGUGAGCGGGUCAGGCGAGCCUGUCAUUUCUUCCUCGAUCGCCAAGAGGCAGACGGUGGUUGGGGCGAAUCGUACAAGAGCUGUGAGACCGUUACAUGGUGUCGGCAUCCUGAUGGCUCGCAAGUCGUGCAGACGGCUUGGGUCGUCAUUGCUUUGAUCGAGGCUGGCUAUCCAGAUCGUGAUCCCAUCGACCGCGCGGUGAAGCUCAUCAUGAGCAGGCAGCAACCCAAUGGCGAGUGGUUGCAGGAGGGUAUUGAGGGCGUGUUCAACAAGAGUUGCAUGAUCUCCUAUCCAAACUACAAAUUCAUCUUCCCGAUCAAGGCGCUGGGCAUGUAUAGCAGACAUUUCGGCGACACUGCAUUGAAUGGAUCAGUAUAGAACCCAGGGGUCAGGACCGCUGGGCAGGUUCACAGCACCCGAGAGCGAUGCUCGAACACAUCGUACAUAAGGUACCUCCUAAUAAUAUGCGCCACCGCAUGCCAGCACUGCGUCGACCACAGCGCAGGUACAUUCGUAUCGGCUGGUGCAGUGUUCAUCGAUUCAGCUGAUGGAAGCCUGCAGCAGAAGCAGCCA